AUGGUUAAUCUUGCUGCUAUACAAAAGAAAACAGUUCCAUCAAAGCAAUCAUCUAGUAGUGAUGAUUCCAGCGAUGAUGAACCAGUUAAAAAGCAAAUCUUGGGUCAAUCUCAAAAAACUGCAGUAACAUCUGCAUCAAAGGUUCUUCCAGUUACAAAUGGAAAUAAGAAGAAAAAAGAUUCAUCAUCUUCAUCGGAUUCAUCUGAUGAAGAUACAAAGAAACCAGCGGUUAAA